GCACGCCGGAAAAGGGUAGGCGAGCCACCUCCGCCCCCUCACCUCGCCCCCGCGCCGGCCCCACCGCCGAGCCCAGUGCCCCCCCACUUCUUCCGCCGUCGCCGUCAAUCGAUCGCCCGAGCAAGCUACGGCCCCUCCCCGAUCUACUCGUUGGCCAUGGCGGACGAGCCGGCGCUGCCGGUGGCGGCGGGGAGGGACAAGGACGAACGCCGCCGCUUGAUGGGCAGGUGCGCGCUCGCCGUCGUCGGCAUCAUGAGCACCCUCCUCGUCUACGGCGUCCUCCAGGAAAAACUUAUGAGAGUUCCCUAUGGAGCAGAGAAGGAGUUCUUCAGAUACUCACUAUUUCUUGUUUUCUGUAACCGUAUCACCACAUCCAUGGUGUCUGCACUCGUGCUACUGUCGAGUAAGAAGUCCACGGACCCAGUGGCUCCAAUCCAGAAAUACUGCGUUGUCUCCUUCUCAAACAUUCUAACCACAACUUGCCAGUACGAGGCCCUCAAGUAUGUGAGUUUCCCUGUCCAGACACUUGCCAAAUGUGCAAAGAUGAUUCCUGUUAUGAUUUGGGGAACGAUAAUUAUGAAAAAGAAGUACGGUGGAAAAGAUUACUUCUUUGCAGUCAUUGUGACCAUGGGCUGCUCAUUGUUCAUUCUAUACCCGGCAUCAAUGGAUGUUAGUCCACUUAAUAAAGGCAGAGAAAGUACUGUUUGGGGUGUUUCACUCAUGCUUGGUUAUCUUGGAUUUGAUGGUUUCACAAGCACCUUUCAAGACAAACUCUUCAAAGGGUAUGAGAUGGAAAUUCACAACCAAAUAUUCUACACGACAAUGUGCUCUUGUGUUAUUAGCUUGAGUGGGCUUAUUCUCCAGAAUCAUCUUCUUCCAGCUGUGGACUUUAUGGUUCGUCAUCCAGAUUGCUUCUAUGACGUCCUAAUCCUAUCCACUGUUGCAACGGCUAGCCAGUUCUUCAUAUCCUACACUAUCCGGACAUUCGGGGCUCUCACAUUCGCUACCAUCAUGACAACCAGACAGUUGGUGAGCAUACUACUGUCUUGCGUCUGGUUCGUGCAUCCCCUUAGCUGGAUGCAGUGGGUUGGAGCUGCCAUUGUAUUCGGAGCCCUGUAUGCGAAAACCUUCUCAAGAAACAAAACGCAGAAGGCCAUGGUCGUGAGCUCAUCGCCGCAGGGUUCUGUUCCAAAUGCUGCUAACAGUUGACUGGAAGAAAUAGCAAAUAGGAACACCGAAGGUUUGAUCUACUUGUCACUUUGCUGUACCGGAUGGAAUUUUUCAUGUCCGUGGCGAAUGACAGGCACCCUAACAAAUUGACUGAGAGAGAACAGAUUGUAGAGUCAUGCCUUCGCUCCGAAUCAUCAACCUGGGGAGCUCUGAAAGGCUUAGCUGAAGGCCCAUUAGUUUGUUGAUGAGCAAGAGUGAUCGGGACUGCUGAAUUUGUUCUCUGAGGUCGUUUGCUGUUAGCUACAGUAACAUUAUGUUGUGAUGUAAACUGUAAACUUGAUUUACUCCAUAGAUAGAAGAACUCUUUCCACCCACAAGAGGGAGGAAAGGCUGGAUUUUUUGUGC